UAUCGUCUAACUGCAGGUUCAAUACCACCCCAACUUGGUAACUUGACACAAUUGCAGACACUAUCUCUUUAUAAUAAUUUUCUAACAGGUUCAAUCCCAUCUACAUUUGGUCAUUUGAAGAAUUUGAACACUCUUUAUCUUGAUUCAAACAAACUUGAAGGUUCAAUACCACCCCAACUUGGAAACUUGACACAAUUGCAAGAGUUAUAUCUCUCUAAUAAUUCUUUAGUGGGUUCAAUCCCAUCUACACUGGGUAAUUUGAAGAGUUUGUACGGUCUCUAUCUUGAUUCAAACGAUCUUGAAGGUAGCAUUCCAACAGAAUUCGGGAAUUUGACAAAAUUACAAGAAUUAUCUCUCUUCAAUAAUUUACUCACAGGUUCAAUCCCUCCAAAUUUGGGUCAAUUAGAAAGCUUGGCAUACUUCUUUUUUCAAUCCAACCAAAUUACUGGUCCAAUACCAGUAGAAUUUGGAAAUUUAAAAAGUUUAGAAAGAUUAUAUCUCUCAAAUAAUUCUCUCAAUGGUUCAAUCCCUCCUACUUUGGGUCGUUUGGGGAAUUUGAGACAUCUCUUCCUUGAUUCUAACCAAAUAGAAGGUCACAUUCCAGAGGAAUUAGGAAAUUUGUCCAAAUUGGAAGUUUUGCAACUUUCUCAUAACAAGAUUUCAGGAAUAUUACCUCCAAAACUUUUGCAAAUGGACAAAAUGUUCUCUCUACAUCUCUCGUCAAAUAAGUUAUGUGGUCGGAUCCCUUUAGAAACCAUGAGAUGUCCCUGUGCUACAAUAGUUGAUUUGAGCCAUAACUUAUUUAAUGGAAGCAUAACCUCUCAAUUUGGUUGUGUAAAUGACCUUAAUCUUAGUCAUAAUUUUCUUGUUGGUGAGAUUCCAUUUUGGAGCUUUGAACCUAGUCGAUUAGAUCUCAGUUAUAAUAAUCUCUCAGGUAAAGUACAUAAGGAACUUGCUAGUCUAUCAUACAUAAACCUCUCAUACAAUUCCUUUGAUUUCUCACAAAAUCUUGACUCAGUAUCAGAGGUACCAAACUACUAUUUUUUUCAUGAAGAUUCAUUAAUUAAUGAUAACCGCAUGCCCAAUUUCACGUACUGCCACUUGCUCAACCAAACAAAUCCUCAAACUAGGAAAAGUAAGCCCGUGAUCAUGUUAAUUGUUCUUCCUAUCAUUUUCUUCAUUCUUUUAUUACUCCUUUCAAUAUUAUAUUUCUCAAGAUGUAAGCCUAAGAAAAAGUGUGAAGGAAUAGAAACAAAGAAUGGAGACUUGUUUUCUAUAUGGAACUAUGAUGGUAAAAUUGCAUUUGAGGAUAUCAUUCAAGCAACCCAAGACUUUGACCUCAAGUACUGUAUUGGGACAGGUGGAUAUGGCAGUGUCUAUAGAGCACAAUUGCCUAGUGGUAAUGUUGUGGCAUUAAAAAAACUCCACCGAAUGGAAUCUCAAAAUCCAUCUUUCGACAGAAGUUUUCGCAAUGAGGUGAAGAUGUUAACAGAAAUCCGUCAUAAAAAUAUCGUAAAGCUUCAUGGCUUUUGCCUCCACAACCGGUGCAUGUUUCUGGUAUAUCAAUACAUGGAAAGAGGUAGUCUAUUUUAUAUUUUGAAUAAUGAGGUGGAAGCUAAGGAGCUGAAUUGGAGUAAGAGAGUAAAUGUCAUUAAAGGGAUGGCACAAGCUUUAUCCUACAUGCAUCAUGAUUGUACCACACCAAUUGUUCAUCGAGAUGUAACAAGUAGUAAUGUUCUAUCAAACUCACAAUUAGAGGCUUGUGUCUCAGACUUUGGCACAGCUAGACUCCUUGAUCCUGAUUCUUCAAAUCAAACCUUGGUAGUUGGGACUUAUGGCUACAUUGCCCCAGAGCUUGCUUAUACAUUAAGAGUGACAGAAAAAUGUGAUGUUUUUAGUUUUGGGGUGGUGACUAUGGAAACAUUAAUGGGAAAACAUCCUAGAGAGCUAAUAUCAACUUCAUCAAACCCAACUACUCAAAAUAUGUUGGUGAAAGAUCUCUUGGAUUCACGUCUUCCUCUUCCUCUUCAGAAAGAUGCUCAAGAUAUAAAUCUUGUGAUAAAUGUAGCAUUAUCAUGUCUGUGCUUGAAACCAAACUUGAGGCCAUCAAUGCAGCAAGUGACUGAGAAACUCUCUAGUUUCAAAUUCCCAAUAAAUUUGCCUUUCCAUGAAAUUUUCAUCCAUCAAGUGAUGAGUCAAGACAUAUUUCAUCUUUCAUCCAAUUUUCAAGAAUGA